AUGGCGGCGCUGCUGUCAUUGUGGCGCCAGCAUCACCGCGACAUGCUGCGCGCGGGGCUGGGUGUGGCCGUCCCCAGCGCACUGCUAUACUUUGGAAAGCUGGCCGCGCCCCACGCCAGCAUUGCCGCCCACUACGAGUUCCAACAGCGUGCGCAGUGGGUCCUCAUCUCAUACAUCAGCGUCUCGAGCACCAUCAUCGGCAAGGCCGCCAACAAGGGCAUAGAGCGCAGCCUGGGCACAAUCGCAGGCGGCGCCCUGGGCUACGCCGCGUCGGCGAGCGCGUCUCCCGUCGUCCUGACCCUCUGCGCGGUGCUGGCGGCCGCCCUGGGGGAGCUUGUCGUGGUGCACAUCAAACUUGAGAACACGGGGAAGCUGAUAGCCACAACGUAUGUCGUCGUCUCGGUCGCGUCGCUGCAGCGCGAGACCUGGCACUGGCUCGUCGCCCUCGACCGCACCGGGUCGGUGCUGGCGGGUGUUGUGCUGUGCUUCGUGGUUUCGCUCCUGUGCUUCCCGCUCACGGCCAGCGAGCAGGCAUACGGGCAGCUCGCGGCGGCGGCUGAGGCGGCGGCGGAGCUGGGCGCUGCGGCGUGGGCGGGGCUGCCGGCGACGGCGCCUGCGGCGGCGGCGGAGACGGCGGCAGGCAGUUCGACGCCGCAGGACGGGGCCGUGGCGGCGGCGAAGGACAAGCAGCGACACGGCGGGCAGGAUCAUGUUGAGCGGCAACCAGAUCAGCAGGAGGCUGAUUACGCGCAGCAGCAGCAGCAGCAGCAGCAGCAGCAGCAGCAGCAGCAGCAACCGCAGCAGCAGCCACAGCAGCCCCCGCCACUGGAGAACGCGCAGCCGACAUUCCGGCAGGAGCAGCAGAAUGGCAGCAGCGCCAAAGCUGAUGCCGCAUCACCCGCUGCACGGGCGGCCGCCGCUCCGCUCGCUGCGUUUGACGACGCUGGCUGCGCCGCGCCUGCUGCCGGUGCUGCCUCCAUCCCUGGCGUGCAGUUGAGGGUGCUGGCCAGCGAAAAAGAGCAGGAGGCGCAGCAGGCGGCAGCGGAGCAAGCGUCUGCAAUGGUUGCCUGCCAACAGCGAUUCACGGAUGCAGUGAAGAAACUGGGGGAGUCUCUGGAGCUGUCGAAAGCAGAGCGGCUGGUCGGCCAAGCAUGCGGACGCCCGUUCUACUUGCCGCGCACGGCGGCGGUCGCGGCGCGUUUCGCGUGCUGCGCCGGCGCCGGCGGCGUGCGGGCGGAGGGCGGCAAGGGCGGCCUGCCGCGGCAGCAGAUCAGCGGCGUCAUGGGCGCGCUGCGCGGCUGCGUGCACGUGUGGUGGUGCCUGCAUUACCUAAUGCAGCAGCAGGCCCUAGAUGGGGCGACCAUGCAGCUGGUGUUGGAGCGCCGCUACGCGCCCGGCAUGAUGCGCGCGAUCAAAGACAGCUCCAUGGCCGUGUAUGUGACCCAGGACGCCCUGGACCCUACGCAGCACCUCAACCCGCCCAUGGCGCCGCCGCCGGGGCCCGGGCGGCCAGGCGCGGGAGGCGGGCCCGCCGGCUGGCCCGCGACGCGGGCGCGCAUCCUCGCAAACACUCCCAACAACAGCCUCUUCCGGCUGCGCUGGCACACGCUGCAUCUAUUAGUCAGGAUGCUGCUGUUCGAGCUGACUGAGCUGGCCACCAGCGUCGACCAGCUGCUCGCGGCGCUGGCGGACGGCGGCGCCAGCAGCGGCACCAGCGGCGAUGGCGGUGGCGGCGGCGGUGCGGCUGCCUCCGAGCCAUCGUGCGAGGGCGGUAGCGGCUGCAGGUGGUGGCGGCGAUAG